ACAUGCCAUGUUCGAUAGUAUUGGAAUUGUACUGAGCGAAAAAUGAGUAAUUCGACAAUGGAGGAACGUUGUGAAUUUUGCAAGGCGUUAAGGCCGAUAGUGUAUUGUAAGGCGGACGCAGCGUAUCUCUGCCUCUCGUGCGAUUCGAAAGUCCACUCAGCCAACGCUCUUUCGUUCAGGCACCCUCGUACGCUCGUCUGCGAAUCAUGCAACAGUCUGCCAGCUGCCGUGCGGUGUUUCGCCCACCGGAUGUUCAUGUGCCAGACCUGCGAUGACAUCAUCCAUCGUCGUCACCGUGAUGAUGUCGUCGGUUUUCCGCACCAGAAGAAAGUUAUCGGUUGUUAUAUGGGAUGCCCCUCUGCCAGAGAUUUAGCUUCAUUGUGGGGAUUUGAUUUUAAUGAAUUGCACAACAAUUCUAUUAUUGAAUGUGAAGGGGGAUUCAGCAGCAGAGGAACGAAGGUAGUUGAAGACGACGAACGAGAUCAACAUAGGUACUCGAUUCUGCAACAAAUCCUCUACUUGGAGAGGCUUCAACUCUCCGAGGAAAUCGACGGUCCACAUUCAUUACACAUCAAAGAGCAUAAAACCCUCAACAACAACAACAACAAUAAUAAUAAUCCAAUGGAUAAUUUUGAUGGGAAUCUUGAAUUCCAACAGAAAGAAUAUUCUCUCGAGGAGAAGACCGACGCUUCGUCGUUUUCACAGCUGGACCACUUGGCAAGUAAUAAUGGAAAUCAUCAUUUGCAUGGAGAUAAUUCAUUUUGGCAAUACAAAAGCCCUUCUCAUAAUAACGAGAUUUGGCUUCAGAAUAUGCAAGACCUUGGAGUUUGCGACGAAGUACAAUGUUUCGACAACGACGAUGUCAAUAUACCGGACAUCGAUUUGACAUUCCGGAACUUUGAAGAACUUUUCAGAAACGAGCACGACCCAAGUUUUAAAUUGGAUCAAGAUCCAUCGUUUGGCUUCGGAACCACAAUCGAGCACUACAAUGAUUAUAAUCAAUUACAAACGAUGAUUAAUAAUCCGUCGUACUACUCCGCAUAUCAAUAUCAAGAUGGAACAUCAUACGAUUCGAAGAGAUCGAAUUUUCAUGGUAAUGAAAAUGUCAUUAUGAGAAAUAAGGAGAAAAAAGCUUUGAGGCAUGAAAAGCAAGCCUAUUAUACAUCUCCAAAAUCGAAAUCUGAAAUCAAGAAACGCGGGAAAGGUGAAGUAUGUUAUAGAUGGAAUUAUGCAUUAUAUUGAAGGUAUUAUAUACUACUACACACACUGGGUGUGUACUGUGUUGUACAUGUAAUAUUAUCCCACGUGGAAACUCAAGAAUUAAUGUUUGAUGAAUUUCAAAUAUUUAAAUCUGCCCUUCUUUCACUUAAUUAUAUGUGAGUUCCCAAUUUUGUAUUU